UAGGAGUGACCUCCCUUAGUUUUAGUAUCGAUAAAUGCGAUGGCGUUGGCAAGACAUGCACUUUCGAGAUGGGCAACAAGAAUGAACUUUACUGUGCCAAACAGAUAUUUCCAGAAAAAUUCCACACAACUGAAGGAUUGGAAUAUUGGCAAACUGAACCAUAUUGCAAUAGCUGUGACAGAUUUAAACAAAGCCGUUGCUCUUUAUAAAGAUGUUUUAGGAGCUAAAGUUAGCAGUAAAAUGGAUUUGCCAGAGCAUGGAGUAUCAACUGUGUUUGUAGAACUUGGGGAAACUAAAAUUGAGCUGCUUUAUCCUUUAGGGGAGAAGAGUCCAAUCAAUAACUUCUUAGAGAAAAACAAGAAUGGUGGAAUGCAUCACAUUUGUAUUGAGGUUGAUGACAUUAAGAAAACUGUGAAAGACUUACGUUCCAAAAAUAUCCGGUUACUCUCUGAUGAUGUUAAAAUUGGAGCCCAUGGGAAGCCUGUAAUAUUUGUCCAUCCAAAAGACUGUAAUGGAGUGCUUGUUGAGUUUGAACAGUGCUAAUGUGAACUAAUUACUACUAACAGACUUGACAUUGACAUUCCUUUUGUUUUGUUAGGAUUAUUGAGAAAAUGUUGUGAUGUAAAUAAAACAUAAAAGUUUG